UGUAAAGGAUUGGGACAACCUAAUGAGCUGUAUUGUUUGGUGUGAGAAAUAGACUCUCCCUGACUGUUUUGGUGUCAGGUCAGCCAAGGUCUCUUCUCACUCCUUCCUUCCCCAGCUGUCCCCACAUUGAGUCUACAAGAGUACCACACACCAAGGGGAAAUGCAUCUCUGGCAGUGCAUGCUGUAGUUUCUCUCAUUACCAGAACGUGUGUUGUGACCCUGGGCCAGUGAUGGCAGAGGGGGGAGAGGAAGCUCAGUGUGGUAAUUUCUCAGAUGAUGGUACUAACCUAGAAGAGGAUAGCCCACUUACUGGGCUCUUGGGCACCAUCCUGACAAUCAUGUGCCUUUUUGGGAUGACAGGGAAUGUCUACACACUAGUGGUGACAUCCAGAGGCGUGUCUGGCCGCUCAGCUGGUUCCCUGUGUGUCUAUGUGGUCAACCUUGCUCUGGCUGACCUACUCUACCUCUCCACCAUCCCCUUCGUGGUAUGCACAUACUUUGCCCAGGACUGGUUCUUUGGGGAUGUGGGCUGCAGACUCUUGCUCAGCCUGGACCUCCUCACCAUGCAUGCCAGCAUCUUCCUGCUGACAGCCAUGAGCCUGGAGAGGUACUGGGCAGUGACCAGGCCACUGAGGGCCAGGCAAGCCGGGAACAGCUGCCGCAAACUCACCAGCCUGGCCCUCUGGCUCCUCUCGCUGCUGCUGACUGUGCCCAUGAUGGUCAUGAUCCAACUGCGGGACAGUGGCAGCCACAACAAGCGGAUCUGCUUCCCCACCUGGACGCCCGAGGCCUUCCGCAUUUACCUCACGGUGCUCUUCACCACCAGCAUUCUAGCUCCUGGCCUGAUCCUAGGCUUCCUGUACUGCCGCCUUGCCAGAGCCUACUGGACUUCAGUGGCGGCCAUGCAGCCAUGGGUGACAGGCCCGACCUUGAAGCAGAAGCUGUUCUCCAGGAUCUUCAGCAUCAUCGCAGCCUACUGGGCCUGCUUUGUACCCUUCUGGGCCUGGCAGCUCGCUAAGCUGUACUGGAGUGAGGGCCUGGGGAUCAGCCCUACCACCCAGGCAUACCUCAACUUUGGAGUGACCUGCCUGACCUACGGCAACAGCUGCAUCAACCCGUUCCUCUACACCCUGCUCACCCGGAACUACCGCGAGCACCUGGCCCAUAGUGGGGAGAGGCAGGCAGGGGAGCAGGUCCUCUUCCUGAUGGGGAAGCAGGGUAGGGUCCAAGCAGAAGGCAUGCCCAUGGCCUCCAAGGGACUGCCAGGCAGGGGGCUUGGGAAAGGAAGGCAGGGGGGAACCUCCGGCAAUUAA